CAUUGCUGGAGUGUUCUGAUGAUAGAUUCAUGUCUCCUAGCACAAAUGUUACUCUAAUUUUAAAAGGUCCAGUAGCUGCUAAUCUUAGCUCACCUGUGUUUUAUGGUGAUGGUAUCAGGGUCUCUUGGAGUGGAGCCACUUGUGCAGGAUCAUACAAACUUUCUAUUUAUCUCUCAGUUUAUGAAGUUGAUGUAAAGAAUGUAACUGGAACAACACAUUAUGACUUUAUUCCAGUGACUUCUGGUGAGUACAGCUUUGGGUUAACCAGUGUUGAUUAUUCUGGAAAUGAUAUUGGUUCUAUGAACAGUACAUCCAUUCCUUGGAAAGAGCCUAAAAUAUCUGUUGAUACAAAUGUUAACAACAAUAUUGCCAACUUUACAAUUAGGGACACACCGGACUAUAAAAUUGAGAGGUUUGAACCAAUGUUACUGCAGAUAGUACAAUAAGUUAAUUAAGAUCAACACUAGUAGAUGCC